AUGCCAAAUUAUCUCGAUCCCCACGAGAAUCAAAACAAAGGCGAAGCCCAUUUCGCAACACCUGUUUUUCUCGAAGAAGAUGAGAUAGUUGCAGAAAAGCUGUAUGAUGAUCGCGAGCCACUAGGUUCUUCCUUUCCCCUCCUCUUCUUCUUUCUCUUCCUCUUCCGACGCUCUUCGCCGGAAGAAGAAGCGCUUGCAUCCGACGAAGAAGACGGCACCAUGUCGUACUUCGGCGGCCGUUUAUCGGCAUUAAGCUCUUCAUCUUUAUCUUCCUCUUCUUCUUCUUGCUGUUCGACAUCCGGGAGAUUGUACUUGGCGACGGCGUCGUUUAUGACGGAGAGGCGCCGCGGCGGUUCUAUUGGGGUCCCCGGGGAGAGCUUGCGGCGGUUGGCGGUGUACGUAAGCCGGGAAGAGCGAGGUCGUCUCGGUGGGUCGGCACUUGAAAAGCUACAAACCCGUUGGAAAAUCAACUCGCAAGUUAAAGGGCAGAGGUCAGAGCUCAAUGAAAUCUUCCCUGACCAAAAGGGUAGCUCUCGAGUUUUGAAAAAAUUAUCGAGAAAUCGUUGGGAUGUAUUCAGGAUGAUAUUGGUUCGUAAGGAUAUUGUAACCACGGAUGUUUUAAAGCCUCUGAAGCUGAGGGCCUUCUCUUUGGGUUGA